UCAAAGUCCUCAUUUGAGCUGUGCCGCUGCAGUAAAGCGUCUCUCACACCAUGUUUUCACUCUUCUUUCUCACAGCUCUCGUGCUUCAACUCGAUCCUGUUCAUGGAUACCGCAGCGCACUGAAUGAUUUCCAGCGGUCGGAGGGAAGAGAGUUGGUUCUGAAAUCCUGGAACGUGAACCGACUAACUGAACUUCCGGGAAUCACACUGGAGGAUUGCGCUAAACGCUGCACCGAUAGUCCAGAAUGCAGAGCUUUCAACUAUGAGUUUCGUCCAUCAUUGGUGUGUAAACAUCUGCCCUGGGUGGGCGACGGAGACAAUGCAGAUGUGAAGAGAAACGUGAACUGUGACCUCUAUGAGAUGAAGGUAUAUGUAAGGAAAUGCAUUGUGGGUAAAGGAGAAGACUAUCGAGGGAAAGUGUCGACAACUACAAGCGGACGAACAUGUCAACAGUGGUGGUCAAAAUUCCCUCAUGACCACAGAUGGACUCCGUCUGCGACUAAUGGCCUGGAGCUGAACUACUGCCGAAAUCCAGAUGGCGACCGCAUCGGUCCCUGGUGUUACACCACUGACCCCGAACGCAGAUAUGAGAGCUGCAACAUCCCUCAGUGCAAAGACGAGGUGUGCAUCACUUGUAAUGGCGAAGACUACAGAGGUCAAGUGGAUCACACCGUCAGCGGUAAAGAGUGUCAGAGAUGGGACCAGCAGUAUCCACAUCAACACAUCUACCAGCCGGAGAAAUACCCUGAUAAAAGUUUGGAUGAUAAUUAUUGUCGUAACCCGGAUGCGUCUCCGGUGCCCUGGUGUUACACCACUGACCCAACAAUGGAGAGAGAGAGCUGUGAUAUAAGCAAGUGCCCUGAAUCUCCCAAGCGUCGUCUUCGCUCCAGCUACACCACUAACUGUUUUCGGGGUCGAGGCGAGGAUUACAGGGGCAAAGUCAACGAAACAACCUCUGGAAUCCCUUGUCAGCGAUGGGACGCCCAGAAACCCCACGAACACCCAUUUUUUCCCAAAACCUACGAGUGCAAGGGUUUAGAGGAGAAUUACUGUCGUAACCCAGACGGCUCUGAAGCGCCGUGGUGUUUUACCUCUCUCCCGGAGAUGCGGACGGCUCUCUGCUUGCAGAUCAAACGCUGCGCUGACGACAUCGAGGCUGAAGAUUGCUAUAAUGAAAUCGGCAAAAACUAUCGAGGUGUGGUCCGCAAGACCCGGAAAGGAAUUCUCUGCCAGAAAUGGAGCAUCAACACACCUCACAAAACCAAGAUAAACCCCAAAACACACCCAGAAGCAAACCUUACAGACAACUACUGCAGGAACCCAGACGGAGAUCAUCACGGCCCCUGGUGCUACACCUCUGACCCCAAGACUGAGUUUGACUACUGUGCCAUCAAGCAGUGCGCUGGAGAGAAAGUGCCAAUCAUCGGUCCAACAACUGAGGUUGAGUUUAAUGAGUGCGGAAAGCGUGAAGACCGACUGAGGUCCAGGUUAAGGAUCGUGGGCGGCACACCUGGAAACUCCCCCUGGACCGUCAGCCUCAGAGACCGGAAAGGGAAUCACUUCUGUGGAGGCUCUCUGGUCAGUUCUGAAUGGGUCAUCAGCACUAAACAGUGCUUCUCAUCCUGUUAUGUGGACCUGACGGGAUACACCGCUAUGAUGGGCACCUUGUUUCGUGACCCAAAGGAGGGAGAACCAGACCUCCAGAGGAUUUCUCUCACCAAAAUCGUCUGCGGCCCUUCUGAAUCCCACCUGGUCAUGCUGCAGCUGGAGACUCCUGCUCAGUUUAAUGAGCGCGUGUCCCAGAUCUGCCUUCCUCCUGAGCGCUACAUUGUUCCUGAUGGGACCAUCUGCGAAAUCGCUGGAUGGGGCGAAACUAAAGGAAAGGGAGAUGAAACGGUGCUGAAUGUGGCUCAGAUGCCGGUGCUCAGCAAUAAGGACUGUAACCAGUACUUCAAGGGCCGCGUACGUGAGAAUGAGAUGUGCACCAUGGCCUUCCAGGCUGGAGUGGGAGCCUGUGAGAGGGAUUACGGCGGCCCGCUGGCCUGUCAGAACAGUGACUGCUGGGUCCUAGAGGGAGUCAUUAUUCCUAUGCGCCGCUGUGGACACGCAGGACAGCCCAACAUCUUUAUCCGCGUCUCGGUUUAUGUGGACUGGAUAAAGAAAGUCAUGGAGAUGACCUAACUAACAGAGAAAUUCAUUCAUAAAGCAGACAGAAUGUAAUAUACUUAAAAUUUAAUAUACCUUUUUUAUGAAUAUGCAAGCAUUUUGUAUCAUUUAGCAGAUUAAUUGACAUAAUAUUCAAGUUUGCAGUUGUGAAACAUAUAAAUAUACGUGUGCACAUAUAUUUACACUAAAACUAACACCGUAGGUCUGAGUUUUAUUGAGUUUUGUAA